CCCGCGGCGGCGGCCGAGCCGGGGGCCGCCAGGAGGUCCUGGAUCCCCUGGAUGAAGAAGAAGGAGGCGGGCGGGCCGCCGGACAAGGCCCCGCCCCGGGUCAACGGGGGGCCGCUGUUCCCCGGUCACCAUGACGACCGUCUCCAGGACCUCGUCCCCGGACCGGAGCCCCGGCGCCCGCUCCCCGGUCUCCGUCCUCUUCGUCAGCGCCUCCCCGGUGCUGGAGGAGGCGUCCGGACCCCCGGAGCUCCAGGACGGGACCCCCGGCCGCAGCGUCUUCAGGCUGACCCCGGAGAAGCAGCCCGCCCCGGGCAGGAAGUCCAACAUCACCACCACCGAGGACAACCGGAUCCACAUCCACCUGGGCCCCGCGGGGCCGCGCCCGGGGGAGGGGCCCGGGGGGGCGGGGCUGAGCGUCCGGACACUGGGCGUGGCCGAGGGGAGGGAGACCUCCACGGGGACGGUCCUCCGGUCCCCUCGCCAGGCCGGCGCCACGGCGACGGGGAAGAUGACGAGCAGCAUCACCAUCACGCCCAUCACCUCGGCAACCUGCCGGCCCACGCAGCCGCCGGCCGGCGCCGCGUCCCGGAUCCCGAUGUCCAGGGGCCUGAAGACCUCCGCCUCCUCGUCCUCGUCCCGCCACACCCGGCCGACCUGA